AUGGCGCCACAUUUCAAGAAGCUUACGGACUGCCCGGAAAAUCUCCGGGAGGCCAUUGACUGGUUGAUCCAAGUCAGGCGUGGUAAUGGCGAGAAUGGUGAGGGUCUUGACCAGCUGGUCAAGGCUUUGAAAAAGUUGGUUGAUGAGGCUAUUGAGAAGGCUUACACCACUAAUGUCGAUGCGCUCCUCAAACUUCUCAAUUCUGCCAAGUCUUACAACUGUUGUAAGGAGAAAGUGGCCAAAAUUGAGGAACUUAAGGACCCUAAACUAUCAACUGAUGAGUCUCUUAAUACCGUUUUACAGCAUGUGAAAGACCUCAAUGACUGCUCUAAAAAUCACCUUGAAUCUUCCCAACAAAAAUCCUAUGAGGACAUUCAAUCCAGGUUGGAUCAUCUUAAAAAUCUUAAUGAGAGUCUUAAUGGAUUCACUAAUGUAGAUAGUUGCAAACAGCUUCUAACAAAUUUAUGUUCCGGCCUCGAGACAUUCCUAGGCUUCGACCCAAAAUCCAAAGGCUACACGGGCGAAGGCAUUGUCUACUCCGACCUUGAUAGGUUGUGUGACGGGGUGAUGGGAUUUUUCCACGGGGUGCUUAAUGCAGUGAAAGAUGAUCCGAGCGUUACUACGUACUAUAAUAAGAUGGAAACAACGCUCAAAAAAAUUAAGGAAAGUAUGUACACUCCUGACGGAUUGUCUAAGGCCGCUGAGGCUGUGAGCCAGGCGCUGGGGGAGUGGGAUGUGGAGCUUAGGAGCAGGGCAAAAAAUGUUAGUGAUGCUUUUAAGACACUUAUAACACAUAGGUUUGAUGCCUUUAGCGGUGCGCUUCAGAAUCUUAAAGCAAUUGCAUAUGAUGAUCAGUUUCAGCAUAUCGGAGCCAAGCUAUCAAACUGUAUUGGCACCGCCGGCGAAAUGUCUAAAGCGUUUGAUGCCGCAAAAUUAGCGUAUUCUAAUCUUGAUCACGAGCUUCGUAGGAAGCUUCAGGGCGCAAUUGGUAGAGCGGAGGUGCAAGUUCGGGCGUUCAUUGUAGCAGCCAGCAAUGACGAACUUAAGGCGGUGGUGGAGUGCAGUGAGUAUCAAUUGAAGGAGCUGGGAGAUGAGAUACAUACGAAAGCAGAACUACUUGUGGGUCAAAUGUCCACGAACAUUAAUACACAUUUUGAAGCAAAUAUUAAGAAACCUUUAAAUGAUGUGAAUGAGAAGUUAUCUAUGGUUCAUAGAGAUUUGGGGAAGUGGGUAGAGGCGGCUGAAAAGUUUAUUAAAAUUAUUGAGCAGCAGGUAACUGCAAUUAUAAAAGAAGUUGGACUAGUUAAAGGAAAGCCGCACGAAAUUAGUGGCGCGGCCAAGGUAAUUAGUAUGAAAGCAGGAGAGCUGCAUACAAAAUUUGAAGAGUUAAAAAAGAAUUAUGAUGAGGUUAUUACAACAAUUAAGGGAAAAAAGGGAGAUGGUGACGAAAAAGAGUGCGUGAUGUAUUUGCUUAACAAUGCUACAACAAAGGUAACAGCGCCAACUAAUAUUGCUCCGUAUAGACAGAAAAACGGUGGUUGGGCUCUAUCAGCUCAGAUUGAAGGUCUGAUCGAAAAAAUGAAGAAGAACGCUCAGGAGUUUGUUGGCACGCUGGCAGAGUCUCUAAGCGAAGGUGUCGAACAGGCUUUAGGCACUGGCCAGACUCCCGGUCUUGAUGCUUUAAAACGUAGUAAAUUGGGACUUAUGAAGGAAAUUGGGAAGUGGAUUCAACAGGCCACCGGAGAAUUUGCAGACAGCAUCCUCGGUGCCGACUUAGAAAGGUUCUUAACCAAUCUCAGAGUAGCGAGAGAGGGAUGGAAAGGAAAACCCCCUGCAGCCUCCGCUUCAUCAAUGUACGAUAAAAUACUACAAGGUUGCAAAGAAGAGAUCGGCAAUACGGUCACCGAUAUAGAUACUGAACUUUUAGCACUCCUACAGGCUGCGGCCACUAGCGGUGCGACGAAUCUUCAUAAUGAGGUUAAAAUAAUUGUUAAUGACAAACUUAAGAAUAUUAAGAAUGAAGCAUCUGAACUUCUUAAAGCCGCCAAAUCAGCGGAAUCUAUAAUAAUAGAGAGCGCCGGUGUGGUCGAAAACAACCUUAAACAACUCUGUAAAAAAAUCGAGGAACUUGCCGGUAAUGGGCUUGAAGACAGGGGUCUCAAGCAGAAACUUGUGAGUUUGAAGGAAAUAGUGAUGAAUACACUACACAGUGAGGCUAGUUAUUCCCUCAACGGCAUUCUAACGCGUAUUAAAGGUAUUAUCAACAGUAAUACAGAAGGCAAUUUACAAGCCAUAGUCUCACACGUUGAAGCUUUCAAGACCGCUAUUAUCGAUAAGGAAGUGCAAGAUUUCAACAGUAACAUCCAAGCCUUAGUCUCCAACAAAGUCAGUGACGCAACCAAGGAGAUUCAGAAGAAGGCCAAAGACCAAUAUCACACCAAGAUUAGCACAAUGUUUAAUACUAUGAAAACCAAAGUGGAAUACAAUAUUUUGGAGAUCAAUGAUAUCAUAGAGGACGAUUCGGAGAGUGGAGUUAAAGGCUUACUUCGCAAAUUGUAUGACAAACAAGGCGGAAGACUGGCUUCUCUAAAGCAUCCUAAAGAACGGCAGAUCAAAUCUGCGUUUGCAGAAAUGUCGAAAAAAAUACAGGACUACCUUGAUCGUAUAUUGUUGUAUACUGAGGACCAAGUGAUGACCCCGCCCCCGCCUAAGCUGAGGGUUCAGAAAACACCAACCGAACAAUCAGAACAGGUAAAGCUAAUAAAGGGGAAUCUCGACAUUCUGCUUGAUGUACUCCAAAAGUCGGACCAUUUCGAUCAUCAAUUUUCGUAUAAUUAUCAGAAACUCGACACAACACUAAGCGCGCUUCAUCCUAAAAAGUACACCACCAAGGAUAGUCCAGUGUUGCUUGACACGUUGGCAAAAGGGAUGAGCGGUUUGACUCGAGAGUUACAGAAGGUAUACAUUUCCACAUAUUCUGGUUCGUUCAAAUAUUUUGUAUGGGACCCAGAGUUGGGUAAUAAGUGUGCUAAAAUAUGUUUAACGUUGAUUUCAAUUAUAUACGACGGCCUCAGCAGGUUGCGCAAGGAAUGUGAGAGUAAGUCGGGCAGUAAAUGGAAUCAUAAGCCUAUAAAUCUGGGUAAAGACAAUGGCCUUGGAGCGUUUUUAGGUGGAUGUGGUUUCAUCGUUUCUUCAGGUACUGACGAUCAGAAUGGCGAAUUGCGAAACGAGAAGGGUUGCAGAGGUGAGCAAAUUUCUGAUGUCCUUUUCAAGUAUAAUCUUGUAAGCGAGUUUGACGAAGACGACACAAAUAGAGACAACUACAGUACGCUAAAAAUCUGUCUAGACUACCUGCACGAUUAUUACCAAGUGCGUCACCUAUCCUCUUUGGAGUCACUUAAGCAUCCCUCAACUAUAUACGAAAUGCUUUGUUGGCUUAGUGGUCUACCGCAUAAUCUCACAUACAAGGAUCUUAAGACAUACGUUAAAAACAUUUUCCAAGUGUCUGAUAAGCGACAUCCAUUCAUUGGCGCCUAUCCCCAUCCAUUGUCUUCCAAGAACAUACUGGAUCUGCUGAAGCAUAGUUGUUCGGAAUCGCACGCCAUAAUAGUCGCAAUUCUCGGCAACGGUCACGUUGGUGGCAUCUAUGCUUGCGAUUUUUACACCAACGAAAGUGGUCUACUAUAUCCCACCGAUAUGAAUAGUUUAAUAUGUAUGCUGCAUGACAUUCUAAACCGUCUUUAUUUCCAGCUCUAUUUCUUAUACCAGCAAUGUGAAUACGACACUUCUCUGAGUGGUUGGCUUGAUUGCGAAUAUGGCCGAGGCGUAGGUGGCUCAGGUUGGCGGUGCAACGUCGACCAAUGUGCCAACCAAGCGUGCAACCAGAAGGGUGGGCAAAGGGCUAACCAAAAUGAUUACCAAAAGGCUGACCAACGAUGUCAAGAGCACCCUAAGUGUGGUGUUAAAUCGCCAUUGCAGUCGUUCCUCGAAGAUGGUUUGCAAGGGUUUCUACCGCAUCAUCUGAAAUCAGAAAGAGGAAAACUGGAGUGCUCACUCAAGAGUCACUCUGGCUUACCAUGCAUUACUCCGAUGGGUUUCUCAGGCAUCAGUCAGAUGGCAUCGCACAGGGAUACGGGCCAACGUAUUCUUGAUGCGCUUGGCGGUUACUGCGGACAUCAGUCAUCUCCCCUCACGAAGUUAUGUAGCCGAUUUAAUUGCCUCCUUCCUAGUGUACCUAAAACUCUCGGUGACCUUUUGGCGUUUUACCAUCAGUUCCUUAUUAAUUGGAGCGGUGAACAUAAGAAAACCGCAUUUAACGAUUGCGUCACUUCAGCUAAUCUCGGCCGUGAGUAUGGUGCCAUGAACGAAUGCGCCAUGCUGUUUGAAUCAACGGAUCAUUCGACUUCUCAUAAUUUGGGCGACUUCAAUUCGUUAUUAACCGUCGACAAUGCGUGUUAUGUUAGUAACGGCAAAUGUGGCGCAUAUCUUGAUUCCUUGAGCUAUGAGAUAUGUGGUACGUUUAGCAAACGUAAUGCGGCCUUGUAUCUCUCCUGGAUGGUAUAUUUAACAGAGACAUUGUAUGAUCUAUUUUAUAAAUUGUUGAAGGAAUGUGAAAAAAACUGUGGUAGCGGUGAAUCCAAGUGCCAAAUCACCGGAUGUGAUAAGAACUAUUGUUUCGCAUUCAAACCACAAAUAGGGCAGGAAAUCGGUCAAAUGCAUACUCAACUUUGCAACUCCAUGCUCUCCUGCAGCAUGACAUUUCCAACAUUAUAUUCCUUCGGAUUAGUAUUUGGCGGAAGACGCCAAUUAUCCGGUCGUAAUCACAACAAUUAUAUAAUAAAACGUUCUUGCAAAGAUUUAGUUCAGCAACUACAGAUAGUACUUAAUGAGCGAAGUAUAUUAUCCAAAAUAUUACACGACACUAUUCCCAACUUCCUCUGGACCAUUCGACAACCCUUCUCCUACCUCAUCCUCACCUGGUGGUCACUGUCUCUACUCUACCUAUUCUACGUCCUCCUCGGACGCCUCGACACGCUCCAUAUCAAAUCGCACUUGCGUUCACCCUCAUCACAUCGCAUCGCUGCUCAAUCACUACUCGCCGCGGCACGUGUCAACAAACUUGCCAAGAUCACCUACCUGCAACCUUGA